UAACCAUUGCCUUUUUAGAAGGAAACUAACCGAACUCAAGAACGCUACUGUUUGUACAAGCACUAGAGUGAGAGCACCAUCACCACCAUGUACACCAAUAGCUCCCCAACUUCCUUACUUCUAGGCAUACUCAGCAUACUCUUAUCAACGCAUCCCCAUGUCAUCGCGUCGCAGUCUCCGCGCGACAAUGGCGUGCGCGCCAGGUCCUUGUCGACCUGCCUACUGGCCUCCGGCGUCCGUAACUUCUCCAUGGCCGGGUCUCCGGGCUACGCCACCAUCUUCGACUUCUCCAUCCAGAACCUCCGCUUCGCAGCCCCGGGGAUCCGCAAGCCGGAGGCUGUCGUGCUGCCCACCUCCAGGCGCGGCCUCCAGCGCGCGGUUCUCUGCGCGCGUAGUGCGUCGCUGGCCAUCCGCGUGCGCAGCGGCGGGCACAGCUACGAGGGCCAGUCCUACACCGUCUCCGGCGGCGUGCUGGACGGUAAAGCCCCCUUUGUUGUGAUCGACCUCAUGAACCUGAACAAGGUCCGUGUCCACGCCGCGUCAGCCACGGCGUGGGCGGAGUCCGGCGCGACGCUAGGCGAGGUCUAUCACGCGGUGGCGCACUCGUCGCCGUCGAACCGGUCGUCCCUGGCGCUCACCGCCGCGUCGUGCUCCACGAUCGGUUUGGGCGGACACAUCUCCGGCGGCGGCUUCGGACCGGUGUCCCGGAAGUUCAUGCUCGCGGCCGACAACGUGCUAGACGCGCUGCUCGUCGACGCGGUGGGCAGAGUCCUGGACCGCAGAGCCAUGGGCGAGGACGUGUUCUGGGCCAUCCGCGGCGGCGGAGGCGGCAGCUGGGGAGUCGUCUACGCCUGGAAGCUCCGGCUCGUCCCUGUUCCCGACACCGUGACGGUGUUCACGCCGAGAAGGGAAGGUUCGGUGGACGCCAUGGCGGGCCUCGUGUACAGGUGGCAGUUCGUGGGGCCUGCUCUGCCGGACGAGUUUUACCUCUCGGCCUCGCUCACGAUCGGUAGCUCGUCGUCGUCAUCACAGGAAGACCGAGAUCUUCGCAACGUGGCAUUCACGGGGCUGGUGCUUGGGCCAAAGGAGAUGGCCAUGUCGGUGCUGAACGAGAGGUUCCCAGAGCUGGGCCUCGCCGAGGCGGAGGUGUCGGAGAUGAGCUGGGUCGAGUCGGCAGCACGGCUCGCCGGGCUGAGCUCGGUGGACGAGCUCACCAGCAGGGUAUCCAAGACCAAGUACUACGGCAAGAACAAGUCCGACUACGUGCAGCGGCCCAUCUCGAGGGAUUCCCUAGCCGCCAUCCUACGGUACCUCUCCGACGGGCCGCCGGCGGGGUACGUGACCAUGGACCCCUACGGUGGCGCCAUGGCACGCUUGAGCGCCACGGCGACGCCGUUCCCGCACCGCGCGGGCAACCUGUACGCCCUUCAGUACGGCGUCACGUGGGACUCGGACGCCGGCGAGGCCAGCGUGAGUGCACGCAUACAAUGGCUCCGGUCACUGUACGCGUACAUGACGCCGCACGUGUCGUCCAACCCACGCGCCGCGUACGUAAACUACAUUGACAUCGACCUCAUGGGCUUUGACGAGAGCCUCGGCCCGGUCAGAUUGGCAUCGUCGGUGAGCCAUGCGCGGGCGACCUGGGGCGCGGCGUACUUCACCGUGGAGAACUUCGACCGGCUCGUCCGGGCCAAGACGCGAAUAGAUCCUGCCAAUGUCUUUUACAAUGCCCAAAGCAUACCAUUGCAUUAGCGGAAGAUAGGGCCGAAAUUUAUUUGUGUACAAGAUAAACUUCCUCCACCUCCUCCUUCCCCACCCCAUCACGCGCACGUGCUCGGUAUCCAUUCCAAAAUAAAUGCACAUCUCGUUUAUCAAGAAGGUUAAACUUUUGUUAGGUUUCAUCGAGUAUAUAUAUAUACUAGUACGAUCCCCGUACGUUGCGACAGCACAUGAAUUAUUCGAUAAAAUAUUAGUACAUAAAAAUAAACAACACAUAUUAACCAUAUAUUCUCUUAAUGGUUGCUAAGGUAGUGAAGAAAUUGUAGCCACUUUCCUAAUUUUUUUAUCGUUCUUAGUUUUGAAAUGGUGAAUGUUGACCAGGUUUAUCCGUUGUCAAAGCAAACGUUGGUGGUGGGUAUAGAAAUCAGGCAUGGAUACAAGAUAUAGCUCUAAAAACAGAAUCAUGGAUAAACAACUCGUUCAGAUAUUCCUAUUGAUGUUUGUGAGUCAACUGUAACUACAUGAAGCAAAAUAUACCUAAAUAACACAACCUAGCUCCACAAGGCAGACAC